AUGUCCAAUAGUAGCAGCCCUUACGGGUAUGCACUCCGUCGCGCCGAUGCGUGCGCAUCUGAAGAAACUGAUUGCGGUCCCACGUGGGGUGGUUACCACGCAUGCUGUCCCGGUGCAACUGUAUGCCCUCAUGGCAGCCCUACUUCGAUAUGCUGCCCCGAUGAGACGGACUGUACCCAUUCAAUCUUAGGCAACCCACACUGCGGGGACGACACGGCGCUGCUAUACUUUGCAAAUAAUUAUUUCUGUUGCGCCAAUGGCACGACAGCCUAUGAAAAUGAGCAAGGCUACGUCGGCUGCACAACGGAUGUCAACGCCGUCCUGUCGAAUAGCGACCUUACCACACUGAAGAGCAUUUCGACUGCGUCGCAAACCACUACAGCUUCAUCAUCGAGCUCCACCGCCCCUGCCACCACGACAACAAGCGCAACUUCAUUUUCAACAACAACAUCAUCGUCCCCAACAGCAUCCUCUACAUCUGAACCAGCUUCUAGCCGCGGCGACUCCUCUUCGUCGACAAACACGGGAGCCAUUGCAGGAGGUGUAGUUGGUGGCGUAGCCGGAGCUGCACUCCUAUUGGUUCUCGCAUGGUUCUUAUAUCGCCAUCGCAACAAGAAGAACUAUGAUUCACCAGAAAACACCCCAGCUCUGGCGCCAGUCCGCCAAGUGGGAGGGACUGGUGAACUGGAGGGAAGCGAAGUAACAAACCCAAGCGAACUAGCGAACUACGGAUGGUAUGGCCACAAGGACCCUGUACCUCCUACAGAACUGCCCGCGCAUUCUGAGCCUCCGGCGAACUCAUAG